AUGCCAUUGUCAAUAUUAUCCUUCGGUCUACUACUAACGGCAGCAUGUGCCAACCAGCUACUCCUACCGAAGGCAUUACCACCCUCAGUCGCCGCCAAUGCAAGCAGUUACACUGACUGCGCAAAUGCAGCAUGGCCUCCGUCUGGAGUAGGAGUCGAGUUAGUACCGCAAGCGCCCGACGAUGAACUAAAAGCGAUGCUCGCUGUGAUCGACCCAGCCCGUAUUGAAGCGACCAUUAAGAAGCUGGUCUCGUUUGGAACAAGACAUACUCUCUCAACCCAGACGGAUCCAAAGCGUGGAAUAGGCGCAGCAAGAGAUUGGAUAGCGUCCGAGAUGCGAAAGUACGCGAAUGAGUCAGAGGGAAUGAUGACCGUCACCGUGCCAGGAUACACCCAGGGCGUUGCGUCCAGAAUUCCAUUUCCUGUAAAAAUAUCUAAUGUCCUUGCAACAAUCGAGGGCUCUUCAGAUCCAGCAAGAGUGUAUGUGAUUACUGGCCAUUAUGAUAGUCGAGUUACAGACGUCCUUGAUUAUACGUCCGAUGCGCCUGGGGCGAAUGACGAUGCGAGCGGUACUGCUUUGGUAAUGGAACUGGCGCGUAUAUUGGCCUCGAAGAAGCCAAAAGCCACCAUCAUUCUGGGAGCUGUAGCUGGGGAAGAGCAGAAUCUGUACGGAUCAACGUUUCUAGCCCAGACUCUCAAAAAUUCGAGUACGAACGUCGAGGGAAUGUUAAAUAACGACAUAGUUGGAUCUUCAACUGGCGACCGAGGGCAGAAGGACCCCUUUACGAUUCGCAUCUUCUGUCAAGGCCCACCUUUAACGGAAUCUGCCUCCGUCACUGCCACACGCCUGCAGAUCGGAGGAGAAAACGAUUCGCCUGCAAGAGAGUUAGGUCGAUUCUCCAACGAAGUUGCCGCAAAUGAUGUCACUGGCAUGAACAUUGCCAUCAUCAACCGUCUGGAUCGCUAUCUGCGAGGUGGUGAUCACUCAUCAUUCUUACAACAAGGCUAUGCAGCCAUUCGAUACACCGAACCAAACGAAAACUUCAACCACCAACACCAAAACAUCCGGAUCGAGAAUGGCACGCAAUAUGGAGACUUGAUGGAGUUCGUGGACUUUGAAUAUACAGCCCGCGUAGCUAAAGUGAAUCUUGCCACGCUAUGGUCCCUUGCUAAUGCACCUGGCCGCGUCCGAAACGUCACCGUCGAUACCACCACCCUUGGCAACGAUUCGAAGUUCAAAUGGAUUAUGAGCAACGAUACGGACUUAGCUGGGUACGAAGUGGUCUGGAGGCCAACAACUGCCCCUCUUUGGACGCAUAUGCUGUUUGUUGGCAUGGCUAAUACUGCCACGGUUUCUUUAAGCAAGGAUAAUAUGAUCUUUGGGAUUCGGGCGGUGGGGAAGAAUGGAUAUAAGUCUCCAGCAACCAUGCCUUUCCCAAGUUAA